AUGAAAGUAUCUCUAAAACUCGAAGAUCAAACCCAAACCCAUAACCCUAUCCACUUCAAAGCCAAAAUCCCCAUCGCCGUCUUCGGAAUCCCCUUCCUCUCCGGCUUCUCCGCCACCCACCACCACCCCUCUCCGUCCUCCGACACCCUCUCCCUCUCCCUCCGCACCCACUUCCCCUCCGGCCCCUCCCUCAAACUCUCCUACACCACCCCCACCUCCACAACCACCCCCACCACCGCCACCACCACGGCAGCACCUUUCACACUCACUCUCAAAUCAGGCAUCAGUCUUUUCGGCUCCCCCAACAAUUCCCCCCUAAUCAUCUCCGCCAAUUUCUCCUUUUCCCCUCAAAACCCUAACCCUAACCCUAAUUUCGUUCUCCAAUUCAAACCCCAGUUGGGCUCAUUCUCGCUUCGUAAAUCGAUUACCUCCACUGUUUCCAACACUAAGAAGAAGAUCAAUGGUGGGAAUGGUGAGAAUGCAAAUUCGUAUGGAUUUGUGCCGUUGGAUCGGCCGAACAUAUGGAAAGAUUUGACGGUGGAAUCGGGCGGAAAAGAUUCGAUCUUGUCGGGUUUUUUGGUGUCGGCGGAUACCGAAUUGCCCGUAACUAAACGGGUUAAGGUGAAUUUACGAUGGGGUGUGAGCGUUCCAAACGACGAUAAGCAAUUGUCAUAUUUGCCGUAUUUACGGGUGAAUAAGAUUAAGGUUGAGAGGGUUGAAUUUGAUGAUGUGAAGGAAGAAAAUGUGGAUCAAAAGAUGGGGAUUGAGGGGGAGUUUGAGAUGUUGAAGGGUAUGUGUUCUUGGAUGAGUAGAGAGUUGAGUGAUUUACGGAGGGAUAACCGAGAGAUGAGACGUACGUUGGAGGAUGUUAAGUCGCUGCAGCCGUUAAGAAAUCAUAAUGGAUACAAUGCGGGUAGUGGGAAGAGCAAGAAGGCGGCGGUUGAAAAUUCGGACGGGUUUGAGCAGUGGAGGGCGAAGAAGGCAAAUGCGCAGAAAGAAACGAAGCAGAAUGCCGGUUCGUGUGAUGUGGAGAAUGAACUGCAGAAAGCGAUCAAGGCUGCAUCGUCGUCGCAAUGA